CUGUGGUUAGUUACUAAAUAUCAUGCUUGGGUCUAUUGUGUGGUAAUUACUCUUUGCGUCACUGAGUAACUAUUUUGAAUAAAAUAUGCGGCGACACCGUAUCAAUGUCAUGGUCAGUUCUUGACAUCAGUCACGUCAGAUCACUGAAUCCGCCGAUAUAAAUUGUAAACAAACAAUAAGCGAAGUCUGGAAGCUUUCAGUCCAGACUUCUAGACUUUGAAAAAGAGAUUGAAAACGAUGGGGGAACCCCCCAAAAAAGUUUACCCACCGGGCUGGAAUGACCCCCCAAUGUUGAGCUAUAGUCCGGCAAACCCACCUCCUAAGUCGAGAAUCACUAAUAAACGAGUGGCUUUUCCAGUGGGAUCAUCAACUACUCAAAGCACUGCCCAGUCGCCAGACGUCUCUUCUAAAACAUUACCUGACCCAGUUGGUAGUCCAUGCAUAGACGUCCUUUAUUUGAAGGCAUGUGAAAAUUUUACAAAAGCAUUAGAAUUACUAAAGGACGAAAGCAUCAAAGAACAUAUCUGGAAAAUGUUAUCAAUAUGGCAAAGCGGAAAAUUUUCUGAAAAUAUUCAACAACUACUAACAAAUUUAUCAACGAACAUUGCGGAAGGAAAUAGAAAUGCCGCCAGCCAAGACUACUUGAAACUUGCAAUGCUUCCAAAUGAACCCAUACUUAAAAUAUAUUUACAAUACUUAAAAUCUUUAGCAGAUCUAACGGCUACUUGAAACUGUGUGGUGACUUGUUCUUAAAUUAUUGUAUUUUAUGAUGUAAAUAGUCAUUGAAAUAAAAGAUGUACAUUUA